UUACCGUCUGCAGCUGCCCGUGAGCUCGUGCGCACGCAAGUCUUUUCACGUUUACAGACUUGACUGAAUCGCGACGAGAGAAAUUGCAGGUCGGAAUUAGAUACGUGAGGUGGGUGAAUCUGUGGUUUCAUCAGCGGGGGCGCAGCAGAAAUAAUGGAGUCAGCACCAAGCGAAACACCAAGCGACGCGGACAGCGCCGGUGUUUCAGCAGAUUGUGCAGUGCCUCUGGAUCCCCCUCUCGCUGAAUUGAGGAUGGUGCUGCUCGGGAAGACCGGGGUGGGGAAGAGCUUGGCGGGGAACGCCAUCCUGGGUCGGGCUGCGUUCCGGGUCGACGUGUCGCCCCGGUCUGUGACCGGCGAGUGCCAGAGGCAGAGCGGGACUCUGUCUGGGAGGGUCGUCACGGUGACGGACACCCCGGGGUUCUUCGACACCGAGCUCUCCACGCGCGAGGUGCUGGCUGAGAUGGGCCGGUGCGUCGUCCUGUCCGCUCCGGGGCCCCACGCCGUCCUGGUGGUUGUGCAGCUGGGCCGGUUCACACAGGAGGACCGGGACAGCCUGGAGUGGGUGCGGGCCACUUUCGGAGGGAGCACCUCGGCCUACACCAUGGUCCUGUUCACGUGGGGGGACCAGCUGAGAGGGAAGAGCAUCGAGGACUUCCUGAAGGAGAGCGAGGAGCUCAUGGAGUUUGUGGCGAGCUGCGGGGGGGGGUAUCACGUGUUUGACAACAGUGGGACGGACGCGGGGAACCAGGUCACCGAGCUCCUGCUGAAGGUGGAGAGAAUGGUGGAGGGGAAUGGAGGCGGCUGCUACACCAAUGAGAUGUACCGGGAGGCGGAGCGAGCCAUCCGGCAGGAACAGGAUAGGUUAAGGAAAGAAAGAGGGGCGGAGCUAUCCCGGAAGGGGGAGGAGUUGAGGAAGAGCCGGGUGGAGGACACAGAGAGGGCGAGGCAGGAGAUGGAGGAGAGGAGAAGAGAGGAAGAGAGGGAGAGGAAGAGAGCUGAGAAGCUGUUCUGGUGUGAACUGGUGACGGCGAUGGGGAAGGGGGCGGCGGAGGGGGCUGGUGUGUCGGGCAAAGGGGGCAAAAAGACGAAAGCCGUGCAGAAAGCGGCGGCCAUCGCCUCCACACCCCUCUCACUGACCUCCGCAGCCAAAGUGGUGGGAGGAGCCAUGAGGGAGGGAUGCAAAGUGCUUUAUAAACAUCGCAAAAUGCUCCCGCACUGAGACACCGCUAAACACUCCCACACUGAGACACCACUAAACACUCCCACACUGACACAUGCUCCCGCACUGAGACACCGCUAAACACUCCCGCACUGACACAC